UCCAUGAGGUGGCCCAAAGCAGAGGAGUGAAACGAGUAGCAUCGCUUUUAGGUUGGAGGCCAUCGCUAGUAGGGUGGAGGCCAUUGCUUUUUGCUAGAUUGGAGGUCAUUGCUAGUAGGUUGGAUCGCUACUUGUAGUAGGUUUGGAGGCCUCGCCGAGUGACAGCGACGUCACUGCGGCGUUUCGCGAAGAAGCCGUGUCGAGAAGAUUCGAGAAGAAGACGAUGUUCAGAGAAAGGCAUCACAUGGUGGAUUGACUGCCAGGGUUCGGACAGACUGCAGGGUUCAAGACGGGUUCAAGGGAGAUUCUUCAAUGACUUGCCUAUAGUCCAAAGUAGUGAAUGGUAAACUGGUAAACAGGAAGGAAUGGAAGCACUUGCAUGGACUCAGACUCAGCUGUCGUAUUUUCCAGGACUUGUACUCCGUCCUGCAAGAUCAAGAUCUUACCUACAUGCCCCCAGAGGUGAAGGGAUGGAUGGAGACCGUGCAGAUGUUGAACUUCUCCGAAGACAUGGAGUUUGAGGAGACUGGCGAAGGAGCUGACAAGGCUCCAAAAGGAAUACAAUGGUUGCCAAGUACUACCAUGGUUGCUUUGCGUUUGCUCAGAAAACAAGAUCCUGUGACCAUUUGGGAGGAUAGCCGUCGGGCUUUUGCGCCUCUCUUCAACUUUGUCCGGAAUUGGAGCUCAAAGGUGCAACCGCACAUCGAGCUCAUCUUCAAAGACGGCUUGAAGCAUUGCCACCGAAGAUGGGUACAACACAAACCAGGCUCCAUUUCUGAAGUGUAUGGCAAGUACAAUGGCCAGAGAGGGGUAGUGUUCAUUGACCCCGACUACACUCGUGGAGGAGAAGCAGAACGGUGCAAAACGCUGAUCGUGGAUCUCUGGAAGCAUUGGCGUUCAGCCACUGUGGUGAUCACGUAUCCCAUAGGUCCUCAGUACGAGAAGAAGGCCAGAGAUUUCAACAUGUCAGUGAGGCGGGCUGACAAAACGCUGGAUCUGAUGACCAUUGAAGCUUACGCAGCGAGGCUCAAGCUCUUUUUCAGCUGCAAUUGAUCCCAGAAAAUGAAGGACUCGAAGGACUGGUGAAAACAUGUUUGAGAAACGUUUGAGUCCGGGCGGAUGUUUUACCGCUGUCAAAUGCUGUCACUCACCGCUUUUUGCUGUUUCAAAACAGUUGAACAGAGUGGGCCUUUGACACUGAGGUCGAAAACAAGGCUUGGCAUGAAGAUUCCAAGGAGGACAGAUGGCGUGGUUACGGAGCGCUCAUCUCACAACCCCCUCAUACCACUGCAGAGCGGACCAAGGCUGCCCUGAAGGUGGUUUGUGACUCCUUGGCGACGAUGCCAGAAGCGGAGCCGAUCCACUUUCGCAUCGAGAAGCUCAGGCUUUAGACCGCGAUGCGAAAGAAGCCAACCAAAAUGCGAAGAAGCCAAGAACACAAGAGAAUCCUGUGGCAGUGAGAUUGGUCUACAAGAAAUUGCCCCUUUGGCACCUUUGGGCUGGACAUUUGCACCAUGACAGGUAUACCUCAGGAGGACAAUCAUGAUUGGCAAAGCAAUCGGGCUCCAAGUUUGGCUCAAACGGAGUUGCAUGUACCAG